GGUUCAUCUUCACUAGCCUCUGGCAAUGAGGACACCUGCUCGGAACCGGAGACACUUUCGCUUGAUCAUCUAGGGUACAGCUUAUUGGGAGGCGACCGUCACGGCUGCUGACGAUGAUUGUCAGAAUCGGCCCCGGUGACUGCUGCUGUUUGUUUUUCCUAGCCUAACGGGAUGAGCACGACCUAGAUUCACUACCUACCUCACCUCUUGGAUUGUGCUGCCUAAAUAUUCCUAGACUGAGAGCGAUACCAAUGAAUGAAUUUCGUCGAAACUCAGAAAAUAAACAUAUUUCGGCUACAAUGUUUACAUCUUAAACUGAAAUUUUCACACUGGUUGCUGCCAUGCAGGGCUGCCUGAAAAUUUCGAAGUCAAUCAGGCAACACCAGAAUCGAACGUAUCACAUUCGUACGAAAACAAGAAUACCCUUUUCGAAUUCGUUCGAAAGUAUCCGUUCGAACGAAAGCCAGAUACGCCGUAAACGAGAAUAAGGGUGAAUAAUAAAUUUCAGAUUUUGCAAUUUUUAGAGCUAUUUUUUGAUGAAAUACUAAUCAUACGACAUUUUAAGUAAAAAUCUCAUUUUUCUUAAAUUUUGUUCUAUUCGACGACGUUUUCAAAACUCACGCGAAAAUUAUUCAUAUUUUAAAAAUAAAUUUAUAAAAAAUCGUAUCCGAAGAAAUAUUUGAAACACCCUAAAUAUUUCUUUUGAUUUAUCAGAUUGACACAUAGGUGGCGCGCUAAAACAAAGUUUGGCUGCACUUCCAGUUAGCUUGAAACCAUUUCAUUCAAGCAUAUUUUUCUUGACAACGUACGGGAGCGGUUAUUUUUCAAAGCAACCGGUUGGGAGAAAGAAACCAUCGAAAAGCUGCAUUGGUCAAGCAAACAAACAGUCUCGUUAUUUUAGCUUAUUUUAAGAGUUUUAUCCUGAAAAGUUGUAAAAUAAGUGUAGAAAAAGUUGCAGUGAUUGAUUGUCUGCUGUGGGAAAUUUCAAAACUUCGCCGUACGUCCGGGAAAUCUGCAAAAUGAACUCUCGAGGGAAGCGUAGCUCGAUACUCAAAAAGCGGUUAUCCGUCGAUCCCGGAAGCUUGGAAGCUAGCCCAUCGGAAGCGACGAGCACCGCCAAAGCUAUUAAACGAAUUGGCUUCAAACCGAAGAAGUCGGUCAAGGAAUUUCUCGCAACAGAUGAAACGGCCACAAUCUGGGGCAACUCAUACGAAGUUUCAACGGAUGCAACUCCACCUUCUUUGAGUGCUUCAGAUGAAACAACAAUGAAAGAUAUUUCCCGAGGGAAUGUUUCGCUGCAAUCGAAUAACGGUUCGAAUAAAGAAAAUGUAAUUGCGAUAUCAGAGGAACGACGAACCAGUUCGGAAGAAAGCAGUGGCUGGAAUCUGUCGAUAUCAGUUUGCGAGGAGGAAAGACGACGACUCAAGGCUGAUGUCACAAUUAAUACCAGUGUGCUGAAUACCACAGACCGGUUGUCACAGAUUCCGUCAGCUGCUCGUUCAGUGCUAAGGUCCUUACAAUCAGAACAGGCUGAAUCGAUAGCAAUGGAUGUAAGCCCGGCUAAAAACACAAGUGCGAAUAACUCUCCCCGUAAAACAAUCUACUAUCAUCCGAAGCAAAACCUUUUCGUUUCGAUUGACGAGAAGAUUCCUAACGAAAACUCCUCCCCUAAACUGUCUCCAAAUGACACGGAUCUUAAUUUUUUCGGCCCUUCCGGAAAUUCGUCGAGUCAACGCCAAGCUGAAAUUGCAGCUUCAAAAAUAUUGUUCCAAACGUCGAAUGCUUCUAAUCCUUUUAGGAACAAAUCAAUUCAAACCGAGCCACGACCUUCGAUGGCCAACAAACGAUCCGUUGCCAUCGAUGGUGAUCUUUCGGGUGGAUGGAGUUCCCAAGGCCCAUCGACAGGAAGAGCACGUUCCACAUUCUACAAUAGCAAUUUUGAAAUAUCCGAUGCAUGGAACUCGCAUCCGGCAGCGGCUCUCAAACUGAAAAUGAUGCAACAAGGUUUAUUGGAUCAGAAUGCCGACCCGCGUCUUUCAGAGGGAGAUGUCCCGUUGGACGUUUUCGAUUCAACGAUAGCCAUCAGUCGGACGGUUGCACAGAUAUUGGGACCUUCCAGUUCCAGACCAACUUCGUUGGAAUGCACUAGACAAGAAGCGGAAGCGAUGGAUUUCACCGAAGUGAAGGAGAAUUCACCAACCCAAGACGACAUGGAAACGUCCUUCAAGGAAGAAAAUCAAGGCUGCAAGUCAGCUGCGGCAAGUAUAACUCAAAACAAUCUCGAGCCGAUAGUGCUGGAUGAAACCAAUAAACCAGAGCAGUAUUCGAAGUCCCCAUCCCGAACCAAUGGGCUGAGUCGAGCUCGACCCUCGUUCGUUCCCAGAUCUGCUGGUAUGGAUCACAGCGGAAUGGAAGAAAUUUCGGUAGAGGAAGUUGUAUCUGUUUCUGGUCAGAACCGAAAACCUAACUCUAAACAAAAUCGAGAUACCAUACUCAAACCGGUUCCUGUUGACCAGUCGGUUUUCAUGAUUUCUCCCAUCAGAGCAGAUCAACAUCAACAGUCGAUAGGGUUCGUUGAAGCAGAGCAUAAAUUUCUGAAACCACCGGACAUCGUUCAGAAAACUCCUCCUCCUCCCAAUCAGUUUGGAAGACAAACAGUUUACGAUAACCGUCAAAUGGAUGAAUCUACUGUGAAUGUCGGACGCGAAAACGUUAACCUGGAUCCUCAAUCCCUCGUUCAAAUGGAAAAGCUAGACAUGGGUCUACCUAAGCUGGUUUUCCGUCAAACAAGUAUUGGGCUGGAUUUGGAUGAAAGUAUGGAGAUAAAAACGGUGGAACCAACCAAACCUAAGAUUCAUAGAUUGGCUCCCAGAGGUUUGAACAUGGAUUUCGUAAUUUCGAGUGCCAAAAAAGAUGAAAACAGAGUUUCAGCAGGCAGAAAAACGACUAACCUUGCCGUUGAUAUUUCCGUUCAAGAGGAGUCAGAAGGUAAAUCCUCCGAGGCUUCUAAGCGACAAACUUCGCAUCGAAUAUCAAUCAUUGACUUAACUAGAACUGAUUCACCACGUGUGGGUCGAAAGACAGAAUAUCAGUCGUUGGACGUGUCAAUGGAAAGCCCAGAUGUGGCAACUAAGUCUGGCCCCAAAAGAAUCACAUUCGCUUGCAACGAAAGCAUAAAUCAAUCUGUUUCUGACAAACAAGAUUCGAAAAAAGUGCUACGUCCAACGAUGCUUUUCAACGAACAAUUAGACCAAACGAAAACACAUGUCGGUGCCGAGUCUUCUCAAAUUGAUCUAGUAAAUCGAAAAACAGUACACGAUUUACGAGAUGUUUCGAUAGAUGAGGAACCUCUCUACGCUUCAGAGACAAAUAGAAAAACGAUUAACAAGGCUGUUAAGAUAGACGAAUCCUAUGUAGAGGAAACAACAUCAAAAUCCAUUCGUAAGACGGACUUUCAACCGUUGGACAUAUCGAAUGCUAGCCCUUGCUUUGAAAACAGAAGAUCAGCGGAAUUUCCAAGACAAAUCAGAAAAACAAUACUCUCAAACGAUGCAAUGGAUUUUGUUCCUUUGGAAUCUCCGAAGAAAACUGUUCCAGUGUCCGUUAAGCAUCGAGGAACAAGCUACAAUAUAGGCGAAAUGGAACAAACCGUGGCCAAUGCUUACGAAACAAACGAAGCUCCCAUCCCGCAAAUGAAUGCACGUCGCACAAUUUAUUGUGAAGAAAAUAUGGACAAAACAUGUCUGGACAACGGGGUAAGCUUUUCGAAAUGUGCCACAGCUUCGACAAAAAGAGAGACCAUCUACGGCGUUGAAAGUAUGGAAGAAACACAAAUUGUUCCAGGUAUGAUUUCGCGACGUGCGAGUGAAGAAUGCGGACAUUUAAACCAAUCUCUGACAACAAAAACAGUGGCGCCAAGUCCUCUGAGUUUUAAAACGGUUCUUGAAAAUCAUAAAACCCGAACAAGCAGCUGUGAGGUUUCUGACGAUAAUAUUUUAGAAACUGACAAUAUACCCAAAUUAGAAAACAAUGAAGAAAAGCCUAGAAGUUUCCGACGAACUAGAAACACAAAUGAAACUAUGGAUUGCGUUUUUUUAGAAUCUCCUCAAAGUAGUGUAUCAAUCUUCACAGCACGUCGAGGAACCGGCUACAAUUUGGGUGAAAUCGAACAAACACUACGACCUGCCUGUAUUACAGAAAACAUUUUCGUUCCUGAAACAAAUGCUCACCGCACAAUAUACUGUGAAGAUUACAUGGACAAAACAUACCAGGACAGUGAAGAAAACUUGUUGCAAUGUGCGCCAGUUUCGAAACCGAGAGAAACUGUUUACGGUUCUGAGAUGGAGCAAACACAAACUGCUCCCGGAGCUAUGUCUUUACAUUUGGAGCAAGAAUGUAAGCCGUUGAAACGAUCCUCAACUGCUGAGUUAGGCGUUGAAUUGUCGUUCGAAGCAAUCCCGAACUUUUCAGCUCUAGACGAAACGGAUCCAGUCAUUCAAAAAACUAGAUCGAGCAUUUUUGGUACCAAGGAAAAUGCCAUUUCGAAAAUUCAGUUCCCUGCUCGCUGUUCCGAAGGCACGGAAUCCAAAUCCGACGAUCCUUCGAAUAGAUCUGAGUAUAAACAAAAUUUCCAGCAAUCGCCUAAACGAGAGAGUUUGCUAAAUGAAACCCCUGAAACAAUGAUGAGAAGGUCAACACCUGAAUUCAAUAAACUGCAGUUGAAAAAUUCAUCAGCUAGACAGGUUGCAAUCCAACCAGAAAAUUUGUGUGCGAACGACUGCGAAGUAUCAAAUAUUCUGGAAAUAACUGAAGGAUGGGAUAAGCAAAACUUGCAUCUUUCUGAUAAUACUGGGAAAAAUUCACAUCGAUCUGUCAUUGCCGAAGAAACUCUCAUAAGCGGGAGUAAAUAUCCAACAAUGAACAACAUUUCAGCUGAACUGAUUGAAGAAACUAUUGCUCACCAGCCAGUCUUAAACAAUGCCGAAUCUCAAUUUGGCGGCCAAAUUGACAAAUCACAGUUUUUGAGUUUUGCGAAUGAAGCAGUAGAAGCUUCUUUCGAUGUACAACGAUCCCCUUCGGGUGAAUCACCCAAUCAAAGAAUGACAAUUUUCCAACCACUGAAAAUGGACCAGUCAAUAUUGGCUGAAAAUGCGAUUCAAGGCUCUGGUGUUCAUGUCAUUAGAAAUCUCCAUAACUCUUCAUCUGAAAAAUCGCGCCAAACAGUGUAUGAAGUUCAAGCUAUUGAUGAAACGCAGAUACGCACAAACGAUGAAAAAACAAUUGAACUUAACGAAAUCGAUUCUGCUUUACGAAAAUCGUAUCUCAGCAUAACUGCUAAAAUUUCCCAAAUGAAUGCAUCCCUUCAGCGGUCUCAAAAAAUAACUGACCAAUCCAAAAACAACCGGCAAACCACUUACCAGUUAGAUCCAAUGGAAGAAACUACAACAGUUAUCAGACAUUCCGUGAUUCCACAAUUAAAGAAAUCUCAGCGUCAAACUAUUCUAGCAGAAACAGACAUAAACGAAACGCUAUCUUGUCAGCAACCUCGGAUUAGCCAUGGCCAGGAUGAUGUAGAUAUCAGCAUGGAAGAAACACAUUUCCGGUGCCAGGAAGAGGAAACGGAACAAACGGCCGCAUGUGAAGAUGGGCUUCUAGUUGUUAGGCGAUCUGACGGUACCAACUGUGUUGUGGUGGUUUCAGCUCGCAACAGCCCUGCUGACAUUGUGCAAGACGUUGCGACCCCAGAUCGUGGGGAUCGUGUGGACUGCGAGAUGGAUGAGCAUAUUGAUCCACUGUCAGGUAGUGUUAGAUAUUCAAAUGAAGGCAAAAUAAAUUUCGGCCGAAAAACCAUUUUGGCCCCUUUGGAUAUGGAUCAAUCACUAAUCCAGGAAUCAACGACUGAUGAACCGAAGUUUCCUGAUCGAAAUGUUCGUCGCACACUAAUAAAGACGGAAAAUAUCAAUGUAUCAAAUUUGCAAAUGGAUCCACUGGAUGUGUCUGAUCGUUCCUUAACCGAUAUCGGUUUACAAUCUAAUAUGAUUGAUGAUAAAACGAAGAGGGAUUUUUCGUUCGCUAUGCCUCAACUUCCAGAUGACUGUGUUUUGAGAAGUAGCGCAAUGGUGCCAUCCCUACAUCAGCGUUUCACAAUAGUAGCCAACCAAUCGAGCAAAAACCUGAUUCAAGGGUCCCAGGUACAGGAAGAACAAGUUAAUUUUACAGAUGUUUCCACCUUGAGGAGAACAAUUCCAAAUGUGCUAAUACCAGCGCAGGAUUUGAGUGAAAUUUCGCAAGUAGCGGAAUGCAGUCAAGUAGGAAACCGCAUGAACAUCAGCACAUUUAAAACAGGGGAUCUUAGCAGUCUUGUUCUCAAAGAAGUUUCUGAGCCCCCGAUUGAAGUUCCCCAAGCCAUAUCGGUUUCGGUCAUACAAGAAACUCCUAGAAAAAUUAGUAUGAUACCUAUCCGACGAAGCAGAGCAAGUUUAUUUGCCGAACCUGUGGUAGAUCCCGAUGAAUUGGGAGUAACUGCCAUGGAUUGCGAAGAAAACCAAUUGCCUGGAGCUUCUGAGCAGGAUCCUCUUGGCUUACUCGUUACUUUGCACAGAGAAGAGGCAAACACUACAACAGUACAAAGUCCGUCUUUUCGAGAGCAGAAGAAUUCUGACGGUUCCACUGACGAAGUCUUCUACGACGCCGAGACAAGUCAAGAAAAUGAUGAAAGUGAUCUCGAAGAAUGCGUUGGCACAGCCUGUGAGAUAGGUUUGCAAAAUAGACGAAAACGUGGAUCGUUGAAAUUUACGAAUGUUAGUGAAUUUGAUCAAUCGAAAAUGCAGCAACCGAUGCUGGAAAAUAAAACGCAAAUUUUCGAUCAAUCUGAAUUCACUCAAUCUAUGGCACUAGCUGAGAACAAAACAUUAAAGUUCAUCGAUGUCAACGCUCUUGAGCAAACGACGCUGGCUGUUCAAAAACGGAAUCUAUCACGAAUAUCUAAAACCGUGCUUGUCGAAUCAGAGCAUGAUCCGUUGAACGUGUCGCUCUCAGAAGACUACCCCGAGAAAAAACGCAAAACCAGCCUCAUACCUACACCAGUAAAAAGACCCGAAGAAGGUGCGAAAUCUGGCAAAAAAUCCACCAAACGUGUUACUUUUCAUCAAGAUCUGAUGCUAUCCGUAAUUAAACAGGAAGAUUCAACUGUAGAGAAUGAUCAAUUUGAACGUGAUCAGUCAAACGCACAGUUAGAACUGGAGAACGUGAAUAUAAAAGAGGAAAAUUAUAACUCUAGACUGUACACCAACGAAGCAGAACCCAGCCGGUUAGGAGUUUCGGUACUCACUGACCCCUCAGUGUUCAUGUUGGAGGAGAACGAUAUGCUGGCAAAUGAAUCAAAUAUUUCGCUGGUCGAAUCACCCAAAGUUGAAUUGAAGUUUGAUAACACCUACUAUCGAGAUUACGCGAAUUUAACGAUCAAUCUGGAUGAAAUCAAGAGUACUUCUUGUAUAGUUAUCAGUGAUGAUUCUACAACUGAAGACGUUAAACCGAAGAUUACAUCAGCGGCCGAAUUGACCGUUGAAGAUUUACCGAAGCGGAUAAGAAACAGUCGAAAAUCGAUGGAGUUAAAUUCUUCCGUAGCCAGCGAAGUGAUGUUCGAACUAAGACAACAAAUGAAGAACUCGAACCGUUCUUGUUGCAGUUUCAAAGGGAACUGUAAUUGUAAAAAACGGCGAACUAUGGCCAUUGCUAGACGAGAAAAUUUAGAAGUCAUACAGCUAAACUUCACAGAGAAUUUCGAUCGGAUAUUGGGUUCGGUUUCUCACAUUCCAGUUCAGCAAUUGCCAUUGAAUGAGCAAAUUCAGGAAAUUGUAUGUAGAGUAACCAAGCCGCUUCCACUUCCCUGCCUAGAUCGUCCAAAAAAAAUGUUCCCGGAAACACCACCGCUGUGGUUUCUUCUGGACAACCGGUUAAAGUCGCCUCGAUUAGAUGAGCCAUCUAACGUCCCCCGGCUUCCUUGUGAUCUACCGAAAACGCCAAGCGUGACGGAACUUAUUUGCAAUAAACUUCUCACCGAAAAGUUUAGAUGGAAGUUGGAUUACAGUCUCGAAUCAUCGAAACAAUUAACUCUAUUACAUCGCACCCUGAGGACUGUAACUUUCCGGAUACGUUUACGGCGGCCUAUUGAUGAAACCAGUAAAACGGAUGAUGUUCGAAUCGAUCGGAUAGAGCUGGUCGAGUGUUGGCCGAGAACGGCUCGUUCUACUAGGCAGGAUGUCGCUCAUAUGGAGCUGGUAAGGCUAUUUGAAUCUCAGCGGACCGUAGACCGAUUGUGUGGGCAACAUCCAUCCAUAUCGCAGUUAAUGAGUUUAAUCGUAGAACUGAAUUCAAUGACAGAACAGGUUUUUGAAACAGUAGAUCGGUUAUAUCACAUUGUAAGGAAUAAUGGAGCGAGGAUUUGUUGCUCAAGGAAUAGUGGAAUGUUAGAAAUAACUAAAUACUUCCAUUUCAAGACUGCCGAUUCAGUCGAUUGGAACAAAGCGAUGAUCAAAUUCCCAAAUAUUCAUCGAAUAGAUUGCAGUAGUGUCAGUUUUCAUCGGCCCUUCGUAAAUUUCAGUAAACUGUUUCCCACGGAACAGCAAUGCGGAAGAAUUGGCGUUAGUGGGAUAGGCUUCUUGGAAUGUUUCUUGUGGAACAUCGAAAAAAAUUGUAUGCGUUAACGAUAGACAUUUUGUAUAUUUAUUGUAAAUGUUAUCUUUCAAAUUUAAGCACAAUUCCGAGUCUAAGUAAUAAGUUGUUUUAUAAUAGUGUUACAAUAUAACAAUGAAUUUUGAA